CAUGUCGCCACAAGAGGAGCCGCAUGCGCUGGAGGAGACGACCUCCAUGGAGGCGGUCGUAAGGGACUAUGGCAGGAGUGACCUGACUCCAGAGUGUGUGACCCAACCUGUGGCUCUGUUUCAGACUAACUUCUUGACUGGGAGUCACGGACUGACUGAUGACUUCUGUGACCAUAGUCAGGGAUCACCUCAUGACCUCGCAACUGACGACCUCUGCCAUGGAAUGCAAGGUGAUGAGCCCUUCCAUGACCUGCCGGAUGGUGACCUCUGCCACGACCUACAGAUUGUUGACUCCUGUUAUGACCUCUCUGAUGACCUACUGAAUGCUGGAAUCUUGGUGGAGACUUUUAACCCAGUGACCUGUCAGUCUGACCUCCUGUCUGGGACUCGCCUUGACAGUGAAAUCCCAGAAAAUUUCGACUCACUACCUUUCUCUGACAGCAUCCCAGUGACUGACCUUACCGAGAUUUACCAGACUUCGAGUCCGUCCUUAGUUAUAUUGGAGCCACUAACUCUGCCUCACCAGGGCACACUCCAGCUCCCGGUCCCUCUAGUUGAGGGCAGCAUCCCCGUGGAUGUCAUUACCCCUGCUAUGCCCCUUCAAUACAUUCCAGAGCCCUUCUUUUUAAACCUACCCUUCCAGAUGGAGGAUCAGCUGUCCUUAGGGUGUUCGGAGGGCGAGGAGGAAGUGGAGGAGGAGGAGCAAAAUGAUGAUUGUUUAAAUGUUCACGACGGAAGGGAGCAGUUGGAGAGUAGUAGAUGUCUCUCCCAGGAACAACCCAGGUCUCUAAACGACAACUGGAGACUUGGAGAUGGUCAUGGACAAAUCUUCCCAGCGUUCUCCCAGUAACACCAGAAAUUGAAGACGUCGUCUUACGACAUCUAAUGUUUUUUAGUGAUGUAGAUUUUAUAUAUAACCCAUAACUUAUAAUACCAGACACAACACAAUUACUGAUACUACACACAAACAAUAAUACCAGACACAAAAAACACAGCCAAUUCACAAGUCUCAUAAGAAAACAAAAGGAAGAGAGCUACAUUUAACAUAUAUUAUUGACCUGAACUUAGCUGUUUUCUAACCUCCUGAUGUCGUGACCUGCGGUACCUCUCAAAACUUUAGGUCACUUUGCUGUUCACUGAUGAUGUCGUCCAGCCUCUGCUGGACUGACUGUUCUUUCCAGCACCACAUACAGUGUUGUCUCAGUGUACCCUGCAACCACAUUUAGUGCCUCGGAGACCUUCCUUCCAGUACAUGUUCAGACCUUCCUUCCAGUACAUGUUCAGACCUUCCUUCCAGUACAUGUUCAGACCUUCCUUCCAGUAUAUGUUCAGACCUGCCUUCCAGUACAUGUUCAGACCUUCCUUCCAGUACAUGUUCAGACCUUCCUUCCAGUACAUGUUCAGACCUGCCUUCCAGUACAUGCUUAGACCUUCCUUCCAGUACAUGUUCAGACCUUCCUUCCAGUAUAUGUUCAAACCUUCCUUCCAGCACAUGUUCAGACCUUCCUUCCAGUACAUGUUCAGACCUUCCUUCCAGUAUAUGUUCAGACCUUCCUUCCAGUACAUGCUUAGACCUUCCUUCCAGUACAUGUUCAGACCUUCCUUCCAGUACAUGUUCAGACCUUCCUUCCAGUACAUGCUCAGACCUUCCUUCCAGUAUAUGUUCAGACCUGCCUUACAGUACAUGCUUAGACCUUCCUUCCAGUACAUGUUCAGACCUUCCUUCCAGUACAUGUUCAGACCUUCCUUCCAGUAUAUGUUCAGACCUGCCUUCCAGUACAUGCUUAGACCUUCCUUCCAGUACAUGUUCAAACCUUCCUUCCAGUACAUGUUCAGACCUUCCUUCCAGUAUAUGUUUCAGACCUGCCUUCCAGUACAUGCUU